UACAUACUACAUGCUCUUGAAAACACAUUUUCAAAAUAUUGUAUACCACUUUAAAUCCAUCCUUUUCACUCUUUCAACGUAAUGGAGAAGAAGAGUAGUAAUAGUGGAGAGUGGGAGAAGAUGAAGAAGGAGAUUAACGAGCUGAUGACAGAAGGAAGAGACUAUGCUCACCAGCUCAAGUCUCAGCUUGAGUCGUCUUCAUCACCAGAAACACGUGAACAUUUGGCCAAGAAGAUUCUCGAAUCUUACCACAAGUCUCUCACCAUUAUGAACUACUCCGGUGAACUCGACCAAGUUUCUCCGUAUUCCUACAGUGGAGGAAGCCCCAAAAGCGAUGAUUCCGACCAAGAACCCCGUGUCGUCAAGAGUUCGAAGAAGUCAAUGCCAAGGUGGACCCAAAAAGUCAGUAUUACCCCUGGAUUUGGGAUUGAUAGAACGCUUGACGAUGGGUUCAGUUGGAGAAAAUACGGCCAGAAGGAUAUCCUCGGAGCCAAAUUCCCAAGAGGAUACUAUAGAUGCACGUAUAGAAAAUCUCAAGGAUGUGAGGCCACUAAACAAGUCCAGAGAUCUGACGAAAAUCCGAUGCUCUUUGAGAUCAGUUACCGAGGAAUACAUUCUUGCUCCCAAGCCGCUAAUGUUGGUUCAACCAUUCCGGUACAAAAUCUUGGACCGAACCAGACACAAGAACACGAAAAUCUUGAGAUCGUGAAGGAAAGCCUAGACAUUGGUCAUCACAACUACAACCAUGAAGCACAUUUGCAUCAAUCCUUCCCCUAUCCUUUGUCCUCUACCCCAAAUCUCGAGAGUGACAACGCGUAUAUGCUUCAACUGAGAGAUCAGAACAUUGAUCUUUUUGGAUCUAGGAGUUAUAGUGAUCUAGGAACUAAUGUCAACUACGAUUUUAUGGCUUCUCGUGAUGUUGGCUCGGCUUCUCACUCUACAUCAAACUCUCCGUCCAACGUCCGCUUGGAAUCUCCGUAUGAAAGCUUUGAUCCAAAUCAUCCCUUCGAAGGUUUUGGAAGGUUCUACUCAUAGUUAAUCACUAAAAGAGGGAAAGAAAUUUACGUGAUCUCUUGAUUAAAGAGAUAGAUAGUUAUUUAAUAAUAGCUAAUCAAAUUCCUAUUCAAUAAUCCUUUACUUAAUUUCCUAAUCGAGAUUUUUGUUUUUGUUUUGUUUUGCUUUUUAUAUAGGCCUUAUUUUGAGUUCGAUGUUUAAAUAAGCGGAUUUGUACUCCGUAUUAUUCUUGUUACAUAGCAUGUAAGCCAUGUUUUUUCUUUACCAAAUAUUGCUGUAGCAAAUUUGAAUCUUCUUAUUGAAACUUUAUGUUUUCUUUUAGCUUAAACA